AUGAACCUCAAACAAUUCCUGGCCUUGGAGGCCGACUGCGAUCCCGAGGCGCUGGUCGACCUGCGCGCCCUUGAUUGCGUCUCCGAAUACGAUUUCCACCUCAUGUGUCCGAUAUGCCACUGCCCCUUCGUACAGCCUAUGCGUCUCCAGUGUGACCAUGUCUUCUGUCAAGAAUGCCUAAGUUCCGCCAUCACGACCUCCCGCUUAGCUGAUUCGGACGAGUUUCCGUGUCCCUCUUGCCGAAACCCUACCAGCGACGUGUCGACGAGUGUUCCACGCCUACUGAUCAAUAUGUGCGACGAUAUCCAAGUGCGCUGUCCGUUUACGGUACAGGGAUGUCAAGAGAUCGUACCUCGCGGCCAUGUCCAAUCCCAUGUGGAUAAAUACUGUGGAUACCGGCUGGUACCUUGUCCAGACGGUUCAUGCAACAAGACAACCCGCAAAAAGGAUCUUCAUCCGGAUGAAAGAUGCAUGCACGGGCUGCGCCAGUGCUCCCAUUGCGAGGAGGAUAUAAUGGAGCAGGACUAUGAGGAGCAUGAUCGGGAACUUUGUCCCAGUCUUGAAGCCACUUGCGUUGACUGCGAAACGGUGGUCCUUCACAGGGAUUUGAAAAAACAUACUGAAACAUGUCCAGAGGUAGUUAGUCCUUGCGCAGCGUCAAAGUAUGGAUGCUCCAUCAAGGUUCGACGAGCUGAGAUCGCGACUCAUGAACAACACUGCCCUCUGAUCGCCAUGAGCCCAUACUUCAAGGCACAGAAUACCCGACUCGAUUCCCUCGAAUUGACAAUACGCCACCUUCAACAACGGAAUGAGAUUUUUGAGGACGGUCUCGCCAAUAUCCGCUCCACCCUGGUCGAGUCCGCGCGCGUAGGUGUAACGGACCGGACUAGUGGAAGAGCGGCUAUCGAUUCCGAACAAGCCCGCACAGAAGACUCCCCGGAAGAAUUUGCAGAUCGCUCGUCGAGCGUCUCGUCUAAUGCCACGACGUAUCUGCUUUCCCUGCACGAGUCUCUCCGUGACGAAGUUGGCCAGCUCUCGCAUGCCAUCACAGAUCUCGACGCCCGUGCCAGUAUGGCCAUCAUGAACGAGAGCCUCCGCAUCAAGGAAGAUAUGGCCCACACAAAUGCUGCAGUCAAUAGUGUCCGCAUGCAGGUGCAGUGGCUGAUGAACCCUCGGCUUCAUCACGGGACACGCGCUGGGUUUCGCACCAACACGGCGAGUACUGCGGGCAACGAAGGCGCUCGGUCUCAGCUCACGUCUUCGUCGGCUCCUGGGACGAGCAAUACAGCUGGUCCAUCGCUGGGACCACUUCGACCGAGGCGGCCCAGUGAUAGCGGGCGUGAGGGGACCAAACUGUGA